UUCAAAGUUUUAGAUGAGUUGAACAAUCUGACAAUGGAAAAGGCUAAAUCAUUAAGGCAGUCUUAUCAAAGACCUUUCAAACUCAGCCAUCAAGUUUUGUGUAUAACAUCAAUCAAUUUUUCAAGAAAAGCUUUAAUGGGAUAUGUUGAACUCUUAAUUCAACCAAGGAGAUCAGAUCUAAAAACUAUCAAAGUCAACAGCAAACAAUCAAGAAUUUACAAAGUUAGUGUGAAUGAUUAUGAAGCUCCAUUUCAAUAUCAUGACCCUUCUCUAGACUUGACGCAGCGUGAUCCAAUAGCAAGAAACCUUGAGUUUUUAAAAUCUUGCCACUGUAAUGCAGUUAAUGUUGUUGACCCAGAUACUGGUUACCAUGGAGAAGUUACUAUCAAACUCCCAGCAGAAGUACAAAAACUUGUAAAAGAUCAAAAAGCGUUGCGUAUAAGUAUGGAUUUCACUUUGGAAAAUCCUAAUGGAGGAGUUCAGUUUGUUGUGCCGGAUGUGGAAGGUACAACGAGUGAAAAAGCAAUGCAUUUGUUCACCUAUGGUCAUGAAAACUCGGCCAGGCUUUGGUUUCCUUGUGUUGACACAUAUUCGGAGCCUUGCACCUGGAAAUUGGAAUUUACUGUUGAUGCCACUAUGACUGCAGUUUCUGUUGGAGAAUUGGUUGAGACUGUUUUCACACCAGAUAUGAAGAGGAAAACAUUUCAUUAUAUCCUCACUGUUCCCACAGCUGCUCCAAACAUUGGUUUAGCUGUCGGUCCAUUUGAAGUUCUGGUUGACAAACACAUGCACGAGGUCACACAUUUUUGCCUGCCUCAACUUCUACCAUUGUUGGAACAUACAACUCAAGCAUGCUAUGAGGUUUUUGAGUUUUAUGAAGAGAUACUAAGUUUUCGUUUCCCGUAUUCUUGCUACAAACAAGUUUUCGUUGACGAGGCAUAUCGUGAUAUAGAAUCAUAUGCAUCAUUAGGAAUAUUCAACACAAAUUUAUUGCACAGUAAAAUAAUUCUUGACCAAAACCCUGAAACGAGAAAGCAAAUGGCAAAAAUGAUAUCCAAUCAGUUUUUUGGUUGUUUUAUGGCCAGAGAAUCUUGGAAUGAUCUCUGGUUGCCAACAGGCUUGUCUGCAUAUUUGCAAGGUCUAUGGGUGAAAAAUAUAUUUGGAAAUAAUGAAUACAAGCACUUGAUUGCAAGUGAAACGAAAAAGCUUUGCCAUUAUGAAAUGAAUGUUCAGCCAGUUACACUCUGUUACAAUGCUUCUCAUGAUUCUGCGGAUUCAAACACUUCUUUGAGGAAUCCUCAUACUAUGUCACCCAAGUAUUAUGAAAUGCUUCAAUGCAAGUCACAUCUCGUUAUGCGAAUGAUUGAAAAUUCUAUAGGCCCACAACUCCUUUUGCAAGCAUUAAACAAAUUGCUAUCUCUGGCAAAUACAUCGGCACAGCAGAAAGUUCCGAAUUCGACAUGGGUUGCAAUGCUCCUAUCAACUGAAAGCUUUUUAAAGUCAAUUAACACUGUUUCAGGAAAGAAGAUUGAUCAUUUAAUGAAUCAAUGGGUAUAUCAGAGUGGUGUCGUUUGUUUUAAAGGGAGAUUUACAUUUAAUAGAAAGCGCAAUGCUGUUGAGUUGGAUGUUAAACAACACACUGGUGGGAAAGGUAUAAGAAAAUAUGUUGGACCUUUAACAGUUCGGAUCCAAGAACUUGAUGGCUCUUUUCAACACACCAUUCAAGUUGAAGAAAACACUACAAAGCAUGACAUACAAUGUCAUUCAAAAAGUCGUAGGAAUAAAAGAAAAAAAAUACCUUUGUUGAAUGGAGAAGAGGCUGAUAUUGAUUUGAGUGCAAUGGAUCCAGAUUCUCCUGUUUUAUGGUUGCGUAUUGAUCCAGAUUUAUCAGUGAUUCGAAAUGUAAGCUUUGAACAACCGGAUUACAUGUGGCAGUAUCAAGUCAGAUUUGAACGUGAUAUUAUUGGACAAGCAGAAGCUUUAUCUGUUCUGUCACAUUUUCCUUCUCCACCAACUCGGAAAGCUCUAACUGACAUACUGGAAAAUGAAAAAUAUUUUUAUAGGGUUCGAAUGGAGGCUGCAUUUUGUAUGGCUAAAGUUGCUAAUGCCAUGAUCAGUUCCUGGGCAGGACCACCUGCGAUGCUAACGUUAUUUACAAGAUUCUUCUUCUGUGAAUCCACACCUCCGAUUGUUAGAAUGAAUAAUUUCACAAAUUUGCAGCAAUACUUUAUGCAAAAGACUCUGCCAGUUGCCAUGGCCAAUUUAAGAGACACUAAUAAUGUUUGUCCCAAAGAAGUUUUACAUUUUCUAAUUGAUCUAAUCAAAUUUAAUGAUAAUUCUAAAAGCAAGGUUUCUGAUAACUACUAUCGUGCAGCAUUAGUUGAAGCACUUUGCCAUUUAGUAACACCUACCAUGUCAAAUCCUGGUCAAAAAGUAACAGUUGAAAACUUACCAUUAGAUGUGAGAAUGAUUUUGGAGGAAAUAUCAAGAUUUCUCAAUUUAGAAAAAUUGUUACCUUCUUAUCGUUAUACUGUUACAGUGUCGUGCCUAAAAGCAAUACAAGCUUUACAAAGAAAUGGUCACUUACCACCUGAUUAUGUUUUACUGAGGAGCUAUGCUGCACAUGGAUUCUUCGUGGACAUCAGGAUAGCUGCAAUUGAGGCUCUCGUUGACAAGAUUAAAGCCACAAGUGAUGUUGAUCAGUUUGAAUGGUUGCUAGACUUGUGUGAGAAAGAUCCAGUACCAGAGAUCAAGUGGAGAAUUCUUAAAGCAUUUGUCAGUAACCCUCCAUUUACAAAAUCUGACAGUCAAACUUCUUCUCUCAACACAGAACACUUUGUGGAUAAACUAUGGAAUUUCAUCAGUAAGACAACAUAUUAUGAUUCAAGAAUAAGGUGUGAAGCGAUCAAUUUGUACAAUAUUUUGUUUGGAACACAUAGGCCGAAGUGUUUACCUCCAAAAGAUAGAAGGCCGUCUACUACUAUAUCGACCAGUGUCGGUGAUAGGGCGUCUUCAACCCAAGGACCACAAAGCAAGCUCAAGCGCACUGCUUCAACAUCUUUCACUGGUAAUUCGCAUGAUAAAAUCAAGAUGAAAAUCAAGUUUGGAAAUACUUCAGUUGAUGAAGGGGAUGAGUUUGACAAUGCUGAUGUAAUGGCUGCUGAAAGUUUGCUUUCACUCAGUCACAGUGAUCUACCAACCCGGCCACCAACACCUGGUACAGAUCAGCCAGGCUCGUCAUGGCAAACUAGUCCUUUUGUCGGUUCUGAAACUAGUCGUGCCAUUCACGACUCUCAUAAAAGACCUUCUCAAGAUUCUGCUGUCAAAGACAAGAAAAAAAAGAAAAAGCACAAACAUAAACAUAGACACAAAUAUAAAGAUGGCGAUUUGUCUUCGCCAUCUAGUUCACAUGUUGGUUCUCCUAUGAAUCUAGGAAUAUCAGACUCUCCAAAACUUUAGUCUUCUAGCAGAAUCUCGAGUUAGCGAAAAUUUUUAACAAACAUGAAUCAAAACAAGUUUUUCUAUGUGGUCAAUAUGGAAUAAAAUAUUAUGUUCCUUCACCAAUGUUUCUUUUAUUUCUAUAUGUGGUUGUAAUGUUGUUUGCUACUUUUUUUUCAAUUUGUAUGCUUUUUUCAUUUGGAUUGCAUUUUUCUCCCAAGCAUUACUAGGCUUCAAAUAGCCUAUGUUGUACUUUGUUAAAUUGAUCGAAACAAAGUAAUUGAUUUACUAAAAACAAAUUUGAUUGACAUGUAUGAUAUACAACGUUUUGGAAAGUAUGUUGAUUUGAAACUUUCAAUGUUCUCUCAAUCAUUGCUUCGUAUCCUCAUCAAAUUUAACGGUCUAUGUCCUCUGUCUCCAUCGUUGAACCAACUAGGCUAUUCAAUAGUAUAAACAGUCCCAUUUGUCUAGGUUCUAUCUCCCAUCCAUCGUUAGGGCCUACAUAUAUCUGCUUUGAACUUCCAAUGUAGACACUUACCUAAUAUUAAUUUCAAAACCACCUUUUUGUUUUAAAUGGCAUAAUGAAAUUACUUUUGAGCUUAUAUUUGUUCUUAAAUUAUGAAAGGUUAUAUGCUGGGGCUCAAUAUAUAUUCCAAUCAUUACAUAUGUCCAUUAUUUUUCAAUAAAUCUUAG